AUCAUUUGUCCGCCAUGAAGUAAACUAUUCAGAAGGGUAGACAGACGGAAGUAACGAAAAUGUCAGGAAAUGUUGGCAUGGAGCAGCUUAUUCCCAUUGUGAAUAAGCUGCAGGAUGCCUUUUCAUCUCUAGGAACACCAUUAUCUUUAGAUUUACCUCAAAUCGCCGUAGUAGGAAGUCAAAGUGCAGGAAAAAGUAGUGUACUAGAAAAUUUUGUAGGAAGAGAUUUUUUACCCAGAGGAAGUGGUAUAGUAACAAGACGACCUUUAGUUCUACAGUUAAUAAAUUCUAAAGCUGAAUAUGCAGAAUUUUUGCACCAGAAAAACAAAUAUUAUUCUGAUUUUGAUCAAGUUCGGAAGGAGAUUGAAAUGGAAACAGAUCGUGUUACUGGUGGAAACAAAGGCAUCUCCAAUAUACCUAUUAAUCUUAGGGUUUACUCCCCUAAUGUACUGAACUUGACCUUGAUAGAUUUACCAGGUAUGACAAAGGUAGCAGUCGGUAACCAGCCGGUAGAUAUUGAAAUUCAGAUCCGUUCAAUGGUGUUAGAAUUCAUAUCCAAAGACAGUUGCCUGAUUUUAGCUGUAUCCCCAGCUAACACAGAUUUAGCCAAUUCUGAUGCUCUGAAGAUAGCUAAAGAAGUUGAUCCACAAGGUAUCCGGACCAUUGGUGUUAUAACUAAGUUAGAUUUAAUGGACGAAGGAACAGAUGCAAGAGAUAUUUUAGAAAACAGAACUUUACCACUGAGGAGAGGUUAUAUUGGUGUGGUAAACAGAAGUCAGAAAGAUAUAGAAGGUAGAAAAGACAUCCGAGCUGCCUUAGCAGGAGAGAGGAAAUUUUUCCUUAGUCAUCCAGCAUAUAGACACAUGGCAGAUAGAAUGGGAACACCAUUUCUUCAAAGAGUCUUGAACCAGCAGUUGACCAAUCACAUUAAAGAUACCUUACCAGCGUUGAGGAAUAAAUUACAGUCUCAGCUAUUGGCUAUGGAAAAAGAUGUGGAAGAAUUUAAAAACUUCAGACCAGAUGACCCAUCCAGAAAAACUAAAGCUAUGAUGCAAAUGUGUACACAGUUUGGUGGAGAUUUUGAGAAAACUAUAGAAGGUUCUGGAGCAGAAAUAAGUACAUUAGAACUAAGUGGUGGAGCUAAAAUAAAUAGAAUUUUCCAUGAACGAUUCCCCUUUGAACUAGUCAAGAUCUACCAAAAUGAUUCUAUAUGUGAAAGGGAAAUACGACGGGAAAUAAUGUAUACAAUUAAAAGUGUACGAGGUGUUAGAACUGGAUUAUUCACACCAGAUAUGGCAUUUGAAGCUGUAGUGAAAAAACAAAUAGAAAAAUUAAAGGGGCCGUCAUUAAAGUGUGUAGAUAUGGUGAUUUCAGAGUUAACCAAUGUUGUUCAUAAAUGUUCUGAAAAGAUGAAUAGAUAUCCACGGUUACGAGAGGAAGUGGAAAGAAUUGUCAAUACAAGGAUUCGAGAGCAGGAACAAAGAGUAAAGGACCAAUUAUUGUUAUUAGUUGAUGUACAGCUAUCAUAUAUGAACACAAAUCAUGAAGAUUUUAUAGGAUUUGCAAAAGCACAGGACAAAUCAGAAAAUACUGCUAAAAGAAAAGUUGGCAAUCAGGGAUAUAAAGAAACUUUUAAAAAUCAAGUUAUCAGAAAAGGAUGGUUAACAUUACACAAUAUAAGUUUUAUGAAAGGAGGAUCAAAAGAAUUCUGGUUUGUUUUGACAACUGAAUCCCUGUCAUGGUUUAAAGACGAGGAGGAGAAAGACAAGAAGUACAUGUUAGGAUUAGAUAACCUUAAAGUACGGGACACUGGUGACUCAGGAAUUUUGAGCAGAAGAAAAGGUUUUGCCCUUUUCAAUAAUGAUAACAGAAACGUAUAUAAAGAUUAUAAACAAUUAGAAUUAUCUGGAGAAUCACAAGACGACAUUGACAGCUGGAAGGCAUCAUUUCUCAGGGCUGGAGUAUACCCUGACAGGUCACAGGAAGAAGGAAAUACUACUGCUAAGGAUGAUAUUGGUUCUAUGGAUCCACAACUUGAAAGACAGGUUGAGACUAUUAGAAAUUUAGUAGAUUCCUACAUGAAAAUAGUGAACAAAACUCAGAGAGAUCUGGUACCCAAAACCAUCAUGUUCCUAUGUGUUAACAAUGUACAAGAGUUUAUAGGAGCAGAAUUAAUGGCACAUCUAUACUCAACUGUUGAUCAGCAAUCAUUAAUGGAGGAAUCCCAAGAAGAGGCUCAGAGAAGAGAGGAGUUGUUGAGAAUGUAUCAUGCCACAAAGGAAGCUCUAGCAAUUAUUGGUGAUAUAAAUGUAACAACGAAUUCGACACCUACACCCCCUCCUGUAGAUAAUGACUGGUUACAUAUUGAUCAAACAACUAAUGGAGGCGGGUCAAGACCAUCAUCACCGAAACCAUCCAGGGGUGGACCACCACCACCAUUGCCAAACCGACCAGGUCCUGGUGGAUCAUCAAUGCCAUCUAGACCGGCACCAUCCAUUCCAAACAGACCAGCACCAACUGCACCGGGAGGUGGACCACCAAUACCUGCUUUCAACCAAAGUGGCCGAGCCUCCAUUUACCUAGCUCAGCAGGCAUCUAAAGGUGCUGCUCCCUAUGCUGGAGAAAUAGCCCACAGUGCUGCCCCCUAUGCUGCAGAUAUUGCAAGAAGUGCUGCACCAUAUGCUGCAGAUGCUGCAAGAAGUGCAGCACCACUCAUAGCGCAAGGAAUUGCACAAGGAACAAAAUCAUAUUUAUCAAAUCAGUAUGGAUCUCAACGAGGACGCCCAAGUUCUGCUGGCCCUCCAGGUGUUCCUAAAAUUCCAGAUAGACCAUCUAUACCAUCCAGACCAAACUUGUUAUAAUUAUUGGACUAAAUCUAGGUCGAAAUUCAUCGUAAAAUUGACAGUUAUAAGAAAGACAUGUGUUAAAGUCAAUGAUACAAGGCACCUGAUAAAAGGUGUCUGUACAAUGCCACACCGAUUUGUGACAGUCAGAAGGACAUGUUAACGUCUAUCGCUAUAGUUCAAACUUUUUUUAACAUAUACAUUGAUGAAUAUAUUUAUAGUUUAGUUGCAGGUCUAUGCUAUGAAAUGCCUAAAAAUGAAUGAAAGUAAAACCAGUAUUGAAAAAUGAAAAUAGUUCAGGAAGUUGUGUAUUGUCAUUAAAGAGAUAUAUGGAUGGAAAAUUAUUUAUUCAAAGUAUAUAAACAAUGUAAUCAUUACCAUGGCAACUAAUCAUUUUAUAGGUAAAAAUAUGUGAUAGAAAUGUUUUUGUAUUCAUUACUGAAUUCCAUGUUACUGAAAUGUUAGAUAUGCAAUUAUUUAAAAAAUAUUGUUCUUUUGCAUAAUACCUGAAAUUUAUCUAAGUCUUGAUUAUUCCUUAAUUUGUUCUCAUAAUAAAAAUGCUUGAAAUAGUUGCCACUGGACGUGAAGAAAAGGAGGAUUUAUCAAUCAGAAUUUCAAGGUGCAAGACAGCUUGUUUUUUCGUUUGAAUUUCACUUAAUUUUAUCUUUGACAUGCCAAUGUUUACACAAUUGGUGAAAUGGUAGAACUUUAUAUUAAAACAUUAGUCCAAAGUUUGACAAAAAAUGACAUCAAAAAUGCCAAAAUCGCCAGCAGUUUGAAGUGGUUGAUUAUCAUUGGGUUGAAUGGAAAGGAAAUCAGAUUUGAGGUUUAAUUGGGGUUGCCUUACAUAGAAUAUUAACCAAUGUGAGUUCAAGGAAAUAAUCAAUUCAUUUAAAUACUUGUGAGUUGUGUAACAUUUUGACUGAGAACCAUUUCAUGAUUAUGCAGAAGAAGAAUAUUUUGUAUAGGAUUUGUGUAAUGUUAUGUUGAUAGUGUUUGUUGUUAUGCUUUUGAUACUGUCUCUUUAUCCAUUCAUAUAUAAUAAUAGAUAUGUUACUGUAUACAUAUAUGUUAUAAUUGACUGUUGUCUUCACUAUUGACUGUCCUCACAAGUUCAACACUAAUGUAUACGAUACUGCUAUUAUUGAAUCGACUGUAUGCAUAUGUACCGCUAUUUACCAUCCUCCUAAAAAUUUUGACCUGAAUGGAUACUUUUAUUGAUGGGAUUUUGCAGGCUAGUGGUAGACCUCAUGUUUUCUAUCUACUCUUUUGAUACACGAGAUUCCAAUUUCUAUUUUAUGAAAUGAACUGCUCGUUUGACCUAGGGUCAUUUGGGAGAAAACUCGUUAUUGUGACUUUAAGAUAUUUGCUUUUUGACAUCAACUUUUCCGGGAAAAAUCACCAAUUGGAAGAUCAUGUAGUGUGAAUGCUGUGUAUACAGAUGAAAAGAACUAAAUUGACAGGUCUUUGUUGAGAAAUCCCUGAUGAUUGUGUCAAAUACUCAUACUUGUUUAAAAGGUAUAAAAUGUGUUGUCAGUUCAGGUAUCAACUUUCAUUCAUCUAGCAAAUCUUUUUUUUUUUUGUUGAAAAGUUUAAUAUACCUCAUUUUGCUUGGUCUAAGAUUCAUAUUGGCUUCAACUGAUGUGCCCAAUAACCUUUAACUUAAAUGCCCAAUCAUCACAAAUGCCAAAUUUGGAUACAAGUGACUACUGUGAAUUCAUUUAUUUUCGUGGAUACCAAUUUUUGCGGAUAAAUAAAAAAUUGCUUUUUUGUGGAUAUUUUAUUUCAUGGUUUUACACAAGUCUUCAUAAAAUUCCAUGGAAAAUUUGGGAUUUCAUAAACAUUCAAAUUCGACUAUAUCUACGAAGUCCACUGAAACUAGUAUCCAACGAAUAAUAAUGAAUCCACAUUCCACAGUAUACAUUAAAAGCAGCAUUUAUGAUUGUUAUUUGUAUGGCAACAUAACAUUACACAUGUAUAUUAUGUAUAGUAGUGUAUAUUUCUGUACAAAUAAUCAAGUUAUUUAUGUUAAAUAGUAAUGAUUUUAAGUUAUGAUCAUGAUGAUUCUAAUCUUGUAUAUAUCUCUUAAAAAUGUUUGAUAAGAAAUUUAUCAGAAUUCAACAAUUCUGUAAUACAUUUCAUUAGAAUUUAAAUUCAAAAUAUAUACACUUAUUUCUUCAAAUAUAAUUUCUUACAAUACAAGAAAUAUCAAGGGAGAUAUGUAUUUGGUUAUUGUUUGUUUGUAUUUUGGUAUCUGACUAGAAUACAGCUCCUUUAAUAAAGACAAACAGUCCAUAGAAACCUUUCAUAUUACAAAUCACAGACUUCAAAAGUAGGCAGACUUGAUAAACAACAAUACAACAUAUAGUGUUUAGACAUAUGUGAAGGUCUGUUUUGGUGAUUAUUUUAGAAAAAUCAUAUUCUUUUCUGUCAGUUCUUGACAAAAAUGUUAAUCAUGUGCAAAUGGUCAGCGAGAAGAAAUCUCCACAAUGUUGGAUUUUAUUUACAUGUAUAACCAUGUACAGUAUACAGCUUGGAACUAAUUAGAAUAAUUCACAAUUUCUCAAUGCGUACGUUUGCCAUUUAAAUAACAUUGAACUGCCAUUCCCUUGUUAAGAUCAUAAAAACUGCCAGUUUUUAAAUCGUUCAUUGGACUUAACUGGACUUUACUCUUUGUUGGAGUUCUUUUAAGUGCUUUCGGCACUACACAGUCACACUAGACAUAAAAGAUAUAGAUAGUACUUGGCCCUUCUUUGUUUAAUAUUGAGAUUCACAUGGAAAUGACAUAUACUAAAACCCAUAUAUGUUUGCAUAUUCAAUUUCAUCUAAUGUAGCUAAGGCAUCCAUUAAAAGUUAACCAAUUCAUUACAGUGAUUCCAGAAUGGCUAUUAAAUGAUCAAAAUAUUCAAAUUAAUGCAAUAAAUCUGUAGAAAAUGUACAUAGAUAUUACCUUUCUUGACUAUAGGGAUAUAUAUAUAAAAGACAUAUUUAUAUCACUCUUUUUAUGAAUGAGCAUGAUGAAUAACUGAAUUUUAAAUUUGCAGAUAAUCAGUAUAAUCAAGAUACAAAUGUACAGCAUUUUUUUUUAAAUUGACAAGAAUUACAAAUUCCAUUUUAUAGAAAAUUUACAGUUAAGAGUUGGGUUAGGGAUUUAUGUUUAUUUUACAGGUCAAACAAUUGAAUGCUGUACUUCUUUAAUGAUUUUAUGAGAUAUCUGUACAAGAUAGAAUUUGAAGAUUAGUCACACAAUUGUGCAAUGUUGUAAUAUAAAGAUGUAAAAACUUUGUGAUAUAUUAUGAAUGUCAUUGAUAUUAGAUUAAAAGAGAUGUAUAAAAAUUGA